CUUGGCAUCACCCUUUGCCCAGGUUCGUCCAUGACUCCUCCCCACAGACGACUCCAUUCCAGAGGGCUACCGGCUGCCUCUCCUCCUUCCAGGACCCAUCUCUGCUCUCUGGAGGCAGACACAGCUUCCAUACCCCCUUGCUGCUGGAAGAACUCCCUGACAGAUGCAAAUGCAUUAAGAGGCCCAAGGCUGGUGUCUGGGAAGAUUGGGGGAGCUGUCACCAUCCAUUGCCAUUAUGCCCCCUCCUCAGUCAACAGGCAUCAAAGAAAAUACUGGUGUCGCCUGGGGCCUCCAUUGUGGAUCUGCUCCACCAUCGUGUCCACCAACCACUACACUCGCCAUGACUACAGAGGGCGUGUGGCUCUCACUGACUUCCCACAGAACGGUUUGUUCAUGGUGAAGCUAUUCCAGCUGUCCCUGAAUGACACAGGGCUUUACCACUGUGGCAUUGGGGACAGAAACGACAUGCUGUUCUUCAGGAUGAAUCUGAUUGUGUCUGCAGGUCCUUCCAAUACCACCUCUGCAGCAGCUCCAACUUCUGGUGAGCUCAUCACAGUAUCUCCUGGGAGAGCUUCGGCAACCAACAGAUGGACCCUGGGAGUCACCCAGAUUCUAGAAGGUCAAGGCUCAGAAUGGGACAGAACAGAUCUAACUACAAGAAUAAGCAAACCUGCAGCUUCAGGCAAUGAAAGACAAACCCCAAGAACAGCCAGGACAAUGGUUCCAGGGACAAGCAGCAGUGAGGAGGGCUCUAUCAAGGCAACAGUCCCCACUCUAGAGAGUCCAGCUUCAAAAUCAAGAAGCAUGUUCAGUACAACACAGGGUGUUUGGAUAUGGGGCACCAGAAACUCAGCAACAGCUAGUGCUAGCACCGGUGAGGGCAGGGAGAAAGGCACAGCUCCAGAGGCUGAUGGGCCACAGGAGGAAACAGAGGUCAGCACAUCUCCAGAAGCACUCGGGAAGACUACAGGAGCCAACAGACUAUCAGUCCUGAUCUCAGAGCAUGUGACCUGGGAAACUCUCCAAGAAGCAACAGAGGCUUCUAAGCAGCAAACACUGUACUCGGUGGAAGAGUCAUCCCCAGCUCCAAAUGCAUGGAUAGUGAAUGCUACACAUACGCAAAUGGCAUCUGAAAGCCUUGACUGGAGCCUAGAAAACACUGGUGGAGAAAGUAGGCCCCCAACACCGAGACAGCUUUCAUCAGAGGGCCCUAUGUGGACCCCUGGCAAGGAGUCAUCCAUGAAGAGUGCUUUUACAGAAAAAGAAAGCAACUCUUGGAUCCUGACUCCAGUCUCCACUGUGCUGGCCCUGGUUCUGCUUGUGUCUCUGGUCCUAUUCAAAAGGAGACUCCAGAGAAAGACAACCUUUCAGGAAGCAGAAAGGCCACCAAGGAUCACCCUAAUUCAGAUGACACAUUUCCUACCAGACAAGCUCCCCGAUUUGGGAAAGAACUUGCACCAAGGUGACCUUCCUCCUGCCCAAGCCAGCCUGUCUGUCCUGGAGAAGGACCAGAACACUGAGGAUGAGAAAGUAAACAGCUCAGUCACCAUGGAAGGAGGACCAAGACCAGAUCUCUCCAUGGUUUCUUCAUCCCCUUCUCAUCUUCACCCACACAAAGACUAG